AUGAAUUCUAGUAAUAAAAACAUCUCUAUGUUAAUAUUAUUCACUCUUUUAAUAUUCGGUGUAGUAUUAAAUACCACCACAUUCGCUUUAGCAAUUAAAGAGAAACGUGGCUCGAUCACCUGUGAAUCACUGUUCAAAACCAACGAAUGUUCCGUUUGUCAACAAACAGUUCACAACAUAAAGCAUCAUUCUGACUCUUCCUUGAAAGAUUGUUUCGCACUUUAUGAUGUCAAUACCGAAAGAGCAUAUAGGUUAUUAAUUUCGGAUCUGGACUCAACGUGUCAAAGUGAAUGUGAUACUCAAAUAAUCCAAGAUCUAAAUACGAAAAUACAAACUGACUGUAAAGAUGAAUUAACACAAUUUGUGGAAAAUCUGAUGAAUCCUGAUAAUGAUACUGCACCUUCAACAGAUGUAACAGAAGUUGGCACAGACGAUAAUGAUGAUUCACCCAUUUAUGAAGUAGCAGCCGAUAUAACUGAGUCAGCUGGUAAUCUCUGGAUGUUGAUUUACAGUAUAAUUCCAUUGCAUCAAAGUCUUUGCGCUAAAAAUUCUACUGGUGGAUAUUAUGUAAUUGAAGUAGAAACAGAUGCAGCAGACUACGUUUUCCAAUUAUCGGACGGCCAAUUUACUAAAGCUAUAGUGAAUUUCGUGCCACCGGAUGCUCAAGUAAUUUAUGGUCCAUUUACAGGAGAUCAAAUUUACACCACUCUACCAAAAGAACUUUUAUGCAGCGACCCUUAUCAAAAUAUUUCAAAACCUUGGAUCGAUUAUACCAAAAGUAAUAAUACCCUGUUUGUUGACGCGUUACAAACAUACGUGAGCGACAUAAUGGCACCAAUCAUUGGAAAUUCUACUAACUUGUGCGUAAACUCUAAUGAUGUCGUGGAAAAUAAUUGA